AUGACAGAAGAAGUGCCAGCUGCUGCCACCAUGCCGGCGUGCAACGGGAGCCUUCCCCCGGGGCACGGCCCGCUCCAGAUCACCGGCGGCAUCGAAGAAAUUCCAAAUUCUGUUGGGACAGUCCCGUACGCAAAUGCGGACACGAGCCCUGACACUUCACCUGCAAAGGAAAGUCCGGAGGAAACUAGAAACUCCUUGGCAGAGGACAUCACUCCUGAGAGUUCUGCUGGAGAGAAGCGAUGCCAAGAAAAGCGAGAGGAGAACGUUGGGACACUACAGCAGGGAGCAGCGGAUAUCCAGGACACAGGGACCAAUGGCCAGGGAUCGGGGGAAGGGCCAGGUGGCACAGCGGGCACGGAGACCCUGCCGGGCAGCGCCGAGCCCCGAGGGAAUGCAGAGGAGGCGGAGGAGGAAGAGGAGGAGCAGGACACGGAGGAAGAUGAGGUUCAGGUGAUUGAAAUCAAGAAGGAGAACAGCGAGGGGCCCGGGCGGCAGCAGCCCGACAAGCAGGCAUCGCCCCCGGGCAGCCCCGAGCGCAACUCCACGCUGGGGAAAGGCGGCGAGCAGCCCGGCCUGGGGAAGAAGAACGACAUCUCCAGACACAGCUACUCCAGGUACAACACCAUCUCGUACCGGAGGAUCCGCAAAGGAAACACCAAGCAGCGGAUCGACGAGUUCGAGUCCAUGAUGCACUUAUGAACUGAGGGGGGAGUGCCGAGCCUUUGCUCUGGCCUCGGUUUCAUUUUAUUCCCCCAAAACCUGUUCUCUUCACACCACACAAGGUCACUGCUUUUCUUCUUUUUGUAUAUGAUUUAUAA